AUGGCAACCGCGAUCGACAAAACCCAAUGUUGUCUUUGCAAUAAACAUAAAAUAAUAUAUCCGUGUCCGGGUUGUUCAAAUCAAUUCUGUUUUGAGGAUUUAGUGCGACAUCGACAAAAGCUAAACGAAGAAUUCAAUGCGAUUAUCAAUGAUUACGAUCAAUUUGGAGAAAAUAUCCAUCAACUAAAACAAAAUCUACACGAUUCGCCUUUCGUAAAGAGAAUCAAUCAAUGGGAAAUAGAUUCCAUCGAAUUAAUUCAACGAACAGCUCAGCGAUGUCGACGAACAAUCAUCGAGGAAAUUCAAGUGUUCAUUUACGAUAUUGAAGAGAAAUUCAAAAAGUUAAUUGGAGAAAUCAAAUAUCUUCAAGAAGAAAAUGAAGUGAAUGAAAACAAUCUAAAAGAUUUAAAAGAGAAACUAAUUAAGAUUACAAAAGAAUUCUACGGUCCAUCAACGAUCUCUCUCUCGAAGAAGGACAUAUACAAAAUUUCAUCAAGAAAAUUUCAAUUAAAUCAACAAAAAAAUCACAUCUCAGCAAAUGGAAACAAAAUGGUUUGA